CUCGGUUAUUAUUAGAUAGCUCUUGUCAACUCGUCGGAGUUAUCCUUUUGAAUAGCACUUUGGACAAUUUUUGGAAAUAUUGGAAAAUGGCGCCAAGAGGUCCGUGGGCAUUAACUUUACGUUCGCUUGCCAAGUUAUCGCCUGAAGAGAGAGAACCUCAACACUGUCUUAUUGUUGCAGGAAAUGAGAUUCUUGAAAAACUAGGAAAGAGAGAUACCCAAGAUAUCUUUGCAGAACCCGUAGAUACUUCCGUAGUGACCGACUAUUUAACCAUAGUAAAGAAGCCAAUGGACUUGGGAACAGUGCGUGAGAAAUUGAAUAGAGCGCAAUAUACUUGUGUGGAAGAGUUGAGAGAAGAUAUAGACCUUAUUUGGGACAACUGUUGUUUAUACAAUGCUCCAGACACAGAAUUUUACUUGCUUGCAGUUAAGCUUCGCGAAGUAACGGUAAAACUAUUUGAACAGCUAGAAGUAGCUUUUCAAGAAAUUGGGUUGGAACCCCCAAGGAGGAAAAGUUUACAUAAAGCUUCAGUAGAAAAGAACGAGCAGCAGAACCUGAAGCAGGAUAGCCCCAUUGUACAAGGCCGUUAUAAACCAUCCGAAGGUCGCGUACAAUCAGAUGAUACUUUCAGGUUAAAUCAUGUCGAUCAACAGGAAAGUGUAGAGCAAGCCAAACCACUUGUUCUUAAUGGCCCGAAAAGGAAACGAACUUGUGAAGAAGAGCAUACGGAUUCCUUAGAGAAAGGGAACCGAAGUAGUUCCGUCGAAUUCAAGUUACUCAAGUACACACACUAUUAUCCGCUCUUACAAACCAUGUUUUCCAAUCAUUCGGAGAGUUCGCCGUUACAGGAGUCUGCAAAAGUGGUAGCUGAAAAGGUCUUGGUAGCUUUGGAAGGUUUUUUCCAAGCCAGCGCUCCAGCAGCUCGAAUGCUUUUAUCACGGUGGCUAAAUAACGAAGAGAGUAGAUAUAACGUAGCAGAGUCUUCAGAAGAAAAUGUAUCCCGACUGGAAAGAAAGAGAAUACUUGCAAAACUUCUUUUGCAACAAGCCGGCUUUCAGCCUUCUGAAAUAUCUUAUGACUUAGAAGAGGUUAAGGAUGGCAAAGCUUUGAAUGUUUCAAAACUGCUUUGGAAUGUUUACCGCAGUAAUUUGUUAGAGCAGGAUAGACAGUUAGUUUCGGACAGUGAUUCCUACUCGAGUCGUUCCAGUAUGCAAACUUUGGAAAAACUUAUUUGUCAACAAGUCCUUAACUAUACACCUCAGUCUCUUCUGUUGGGUUCAAAGGAUGUUGCUUGUCAGAAGGAGCAGUCGGACCCCAGUUACGCAUCAUCAUUUUAGAUGAAAAGAUUGAAAACUGUUGUGAAAAGGAUGUUUGUAAGAAUGAAGGUGUUUGGAUACAUUUUAAAACUCUAACGUUUUGAUAACGUUCAUACACACCCAUCGUUUUGAUAUGUAUUGCAGUGGCAUUCUUUUGAUACAGUUGGUUUUUCGUGUUGAGUUCAUUUGGCGAGUCUUUGAGUAUAAACGAUAUAGAAUAGAGAUGGCGAUAUCUCAUUUGGAGUAGGGCUAUACUGAAGCACUCUUGAUACUUUCUCAUGAGAGAUAUUGAAAGGAGUUGGAAGGUAUUUGGAUAAUAUGAUAAAUUGAUUUUUACUUUACGAUAUUUACAUUUGCAAAGAACAGAUAUGACUGGCAUUCCAUAAAAGGCUUUGUAUAUAUGGAUAUCUCACAAGGUAUCUGUCACAAUAUCGAU